AUGGGAUUCACGCCGCUUGAUUGGGUAGUGUUGACAGGAUUGAGUAUUGGAAUUGGGGAUGAUGUUCCGUAUAACCCAGUCAAGUACAAAUUUGAUUAUGUCCGUGAGCAUGUUUUUCCAGAAAUAGAAGAACCCUUAGAUUAUGAAGAUCCCCCAAUCUCUGGAAAAAAACGCCCCCCGGCACAGUGGAUUUCAGAUGCAAUCACAAUUAAAUUUUUGACUACGUAUUUCAAAGAAGAUAUCUUGGUUGCAGCUAAUUUGGAUGACAAACUUGCAGAAAAAGUGGCGAGGGCCUUUUUUAUGUAUGUUUUGGGAAAUUUUUUCUUUUCCAAUGCAAAGAACUACAUUGAUGCGGCUUGGUUAGCUGCUUUUGAGGAUCUAAAUGCAGUUGAUAUGUAUGAUUGGGGUGGUCCUGCUUUUGCAAAAUUGUAUGUGGCACUCAACGCAUCUGGUAGGGGACAGAAGUCAUUAUCUGGGCCGUUCCAAAUAUUAGAGUUUUGGGGAUAUGAAUAUCUGGGCAUAUGUAGACCGUGCGACCCAACUAGUGAAGAAAAAUGGCCAAGAACUUCCCGGUGGAAAGCGAAGAAAAAGACUAUCGAUAUUGUUCACUGUAGGAAUGCGCUUAAUCAGUUGACUGCAGACAUCGUGACAUGGAGACCGUGGGAAUCCGCCAUUGGUGUUCUUGACUCUGAUGUUGGUCGCAGGGCUGUGGAGCUUUCAAACAAAAGGGUUAUAUUUACUUGGAUUGGCAAGAAUAUGUGGUACCUAGGAGAACGAUCUUGGAGGCAAAAUCAUCCUACUUUUGGAAUUCCUAGAAAUCCACCAUUUAAAAUUGGCGAGGUCAGUCAUGAGAAAGCAAAACUUGUGAAAGAAGCUGGAUGGGUAGAUGCAAAUAUGUUUGUGAAAGCUGUUUCAUAUAAUAUGUAUCUGCGAUAUUGGCGACAUGUAACUAACUUCCAUCAAUUCGUGACCAAAGUCGAUUGGGUAGUUGAAUUACACGGGGUUGAUGGUGACCGUGUUAAACACCUUAUUCAACGACCUGCUCAGCAUGUACCUAUUCCACCACCACAACAAUUAUCAUACCCUGAAGCUUAUAAUCUAGUUCAAGAACAUGCCGAUUUUAAUCGUGCGUUUCGCGAGUUUGUAUUAUAUGAAACGGAAGACAGGAUGAUACGUUUAAAGGCAAAAGAUGAAGUAAUACGAGGCCUUGCAGCUCGUAACAAUUACCUGGAGGAUCAGAUGCAAUUCCGUAUGCAACAAACGCCGCGUCCCCCUAUUGGAUUCGGCAGUUUUUCUGAAACUAUCCCACCAGCGGUGUGGGCUCCAGUGAGUCAAGCAUCAACAAUGUCGUCUGUUAACCCCCAUCCGAGAAUGACGUUUAUCCCACCACGGCAAACACCAUCGCAUACUCCUACUGAUGAAUAA